AAUAUGGACAUGGACAAUGAGACAUCAGACAACGUAGAUCCCGGUCACGAGACAGAAAAUACAGAAUGCAACACCGGUGAAGGUUUUAAUAAUGUAGAUAAGAGAUUUCAUAAUGUUGAUUCACAUAGUUUAAGCAAUAGAAUAGACCCUACAAAUGACGCAUUCGAACAGGAUGACGAACUGAAAAGCGACACAAAUAAAGAACAAGUCGUUAUCACAGACGAUAACGAUAAUCGUCGAGAUUUUAUUCAGGAAGAGGAUAAAGUUAACAACAACGAGGAUAAAGCUGAUUCAGUCGGAAAUAACGAACCAGACAUUCAACUAAAACCAUGUAACCACUCAACACAUUUUAAUGAAAACUCAGAUAAAACUGAUUUCAUUUCAAACCACAUAGAUGAGCAUUUAGAGUCACCGGAAGAUACUGUAAAUUUUACAGGAGAUGAACCAAAAGAAUCCGACAAUAGAUUAAGCAAUGUCGGUUCUGAAAAUCGUAGCAGGAAGUCAUCCGGUGAUAGUUUAGAAACCGAUGAAGAAGAAAUUUUACAAAACACAAAAUUUGUAGAUUCCGUACCUAGACGUCCUUCGAGAUCUCGCCGUUCAGGUGUGGUGAAUGAUACUAAUUUUAUAGAACGUCUAUUGUCUACAAGUUCAACAGAAGAUGUAUGUAAUGAUGAUAUACUAGAGUCAAUUCAGAAAGAGGCUGACAUUAACCAGAACGUUAAUGAUGAAGAUUCGUCAAAACAAGCAAAUUUCUUUAUUGGUACUCCUUCGCCAAUUAAAACAAAUGUUGAUCCUUUAGAGAAAGAAAACACAACACAUGAUAACGAGGCACCAUCUUCAACACUUGAAGUUUCACCAGAUAUCUAUUACGAGGAGGGACCAAAACGAUUGAAAAGACACGCCAUAGAAAAAGAAGACUUUUCGGGCGCUAAGACAUUUCAAGAUAAAAAUAAACUUAUUGUUAAGUAUCCAAACAGAAAAGUAAGUUUUGAACACCGUCUUUUACAUGUUUCCGAUGCACACGAUAAAACAAUAUCACCUUUGACAAUAGACGUUGGCUCUGCAUCUCCGAAACCUAUUCUUAAAACACCAUCACGACGAUCUAGUUUUGAGUCGCAUAUGGUUAGACAUAUACAGCCGACGGGACAUAUAAAUUAUGGUUAUCUCCAUGAUGAAUUUAAAGAUAAACUUGAAAAGAGAAAAGUAAGCUUAGAAACAAGACAUUUCUAUAAACAGGAAUCAGAAUUAUACGAUGACAAUGAAUACGAUAAUUUUACAGACGGAAACUCGAAACCUGGCAUUGAAACAGGUCAAUUCGUUAAACGGGAAAAGGAAAACGGCGUUAGCUUUCAAAAUGGUACAUGUGAAAGAUCCAAUUCAGAUGAAGAAUUUGCAAAUGGCGAAAUAAGAAGUUUUUCUAAGCGACCAAGUAUUAUAUUUGACGACGACUGUGAUAUCAUAAAUAAAAACUUUUCUGCACAUCUUAGAAAAGAUUCCAUUGCUUUAACCAGUGAGAAACUUCACCAGCUAGAAAGUAUUCACCGACAUUAUAAUUCUUGUAAUUAUGACAUGAAAGAAUCGAAUUGGAAGAAAGCAUUGUCGAAUUGGAAGAAGUUCCAACUACAUCUGUGCGUCAUCUGCAUAUUCAUUGCACUAUUAGCAAUCGUCAUUGUAGGAUGGCAUUUUCAUCAUAGAACUAAUAAAAUAGAGAAAAUUGGCAAGCGAAUAUUUUUUGACCCAGCAACAAAUGAAAUUUAUUUAUCAAACCCCGGAGAUACACACAGAUUAAAUGGUGAAAUAGGAAUAAAUGUACCAACAUGGCAAUUACCGUUCCAUUGCCAUACGGAGGCUGAAAAGGCCACGUAUACGUGUUUGAGAUGGAAACAGGGUGCCAUUCUCCGAAUAUCUUACUUUGAAAGAACUGAUGUAAAUUGUUAUAACAUCUCGUGGGAACAAUUGAAGCAUGAUCUUAUACCAUUUGAUUGUUUUGAUAUCGGAGCCGAUCACUGGUACGGACCGGGUAAUCAGUCAAACCCUUAUUGGCCAUUGAAGUCUGAGUCGUUUGUAUUUAGUGCAUCUAUGUCCAGACAUUUUGAUGCUGGCACGUUUAGUUCUGCGAUUGAUUACCAUUGGAUUUCCUCUGGAGGGUCCGCUAUAUUUGUUCCGAAUAAUGUUCCCCUAGAAGUAAACUGGAAUAAACGGGAGGGUAAAAUAUGCUUGAUCUCUAAAUAUUCUGGUGAUUUCUAUGGAGGUCACACUUUAGAUAACGCACGCUUGAAUUACACCGUUUGCAGUGGGAAAGAUGCUGUUGCAACAUACAAAUAUACAAGAACUCUAAUGGGUAAAUUACCCAAAAAUCUACCGUCAAAAUCAGUUCUAGAAAAACCAAUAUGGUCUGCUCGAAUUAAUAGUACUAUUGAUACACACAAGGAAAAAUUAACAACUAUACUGCAGAAACUCAACGAUGAAGAUUUGAAAUGCAGCGUGUUUGAAAUAGGUGGACAGUGGCAAACACGAUUUGGGGAUUUGGAUUUUAAUAACAUGACAGUGAAUAGUAUUUCCAAUGUAAGCGACUUAGCUACAAGUAGGGAUUGUACACUUUCAGUAGAAAUUAAUCCUUAUUUUGAUGUUUUGUCUUCCAAUUUCAAAGAAGGCAUAAAAAAAGAAUAUUUUAUCAAAGACUCGGGAAAACAUGCCCCGGGAAUUGUAAAUUAUCGACAUGAAAUAAACGCAAUGCUGGAUGUAUCUGAAAAAGAGGCAAGUGAAUGGAUGAAAUAUAAAUUGGGGCAGCUGAAAGAACGGUACAAAAUUCAAAGUUUUUCGGUUAUAUAUGGGGAACCCUAUUGGAUACCAUAUAAUCCGUCGUUUCAUGCAUCAAAUCUUAAUCCCAGUACACUUCGCGAAAUGUAUUCUGAAAUGUUUUCUUCGGUCGUUUCAACUUCUGAUUCAGAUAUAAUUCAAGGAACGUCAAAUUCGCAGGAUAUUCCCCACCUUAUACCAGUUCCAGCAAUAAUCACGAACCGUAAUGGAAAACUAUGUUUAACUGGGGCUAUAGAAAGAACAUUAGCUUUAGGUAUCAAAGGGUAUCCAUUCGUUGUCUCAGAUUUGUUUCCAGAUGACUCGGUUAAAAGGAGGAAACUUCCUUCUAAGGAUCUGUAUAUAAAAUGGAUCCAGUUAUCUGCCUUCUUUCCAGCAAUGCGAUACAGCAUAAUGCCAUGGGAAUAUGAUCAAUCAGUUGUAGAAAUUGCAAAGAAUAUGACAAAGCUACAUAAAUUGUAUAUCACAGGAACCGUUUUAUCUCUGAAGGGGGAAAUAAAGGCUGGCUUACCGAUAAUAAGACCAGUAUGGUGGGUAUUUCCAGACGACGAAGAAGCAUUCAAAGUUUCGGAUGAGUUCUUAGUAGGAGAUAAUAUAUUAGUUGCACCCGUUCUGUGUGAAGAUGUAAAUCAAAUGAAGAUAUAUUUUCCAGAAGGUAUGUGGAGUGAUAAAUCAAAUGGUAAUUUGAUACAAGGUAAAAGUUGGAUUACCUAUGAAGUAAACAAAAAUGAAAUACCCUAUUUUUUCAGGGUAAAAGUACUUUCUAACGAGAUGGAUUAAGUUUUGGGUAAAUUAUAGUUAAAUACAUGUACUGGUGGGCCAUAUAAAUAUAUAUAGACAAUUAUUUUUUUAAAGAUGGUAGAGAAAUAACUUACUCUCUGAUCAAACUAAAAAAAAUAAUUACAAUAACCGUUAUUAUAUAAGUACCUGAAUGCUACAAUGUUAACCUGCAAGAUGUCAAAGCAUACGUGUAUAUAUAUUUGAAAAUAGGCAAACGAAAACAAUUGUUUGUUAUAUCUGAAGAUGUCAUUGUUACCAAAUAUGCCAACGUACAGAAGUGUACCCUUUUCUCUUUUACAACAGCUGAUUCUUCAGCAAUGACUUGUGAACUCAAACUAUAUCUAAAUGAAUUUCCUUUGUAAUUAUGGAACUCGAUUGUAAAUCGAAUAAAACUUUAUGAAAUAUUUUAAAGUGUGCAGUGCUUAAACAUUCACAAUCACUGAUAUAUUAUUAUAGAAUAGUGCUAAUAAUUUAAUAUUUAUUAUUAAAAAAUUAUUUGGAAUCAGAAGUUGCGUGUGAGAGGGACUAUAAUGCCUGGACGAAAAUUAGGAAUGAUGUGUAUUUUGAAUGAUAGAGUAUUUUGAAUGAGUGUGAUAUUUACAAUUUGAGUGUACUAAUCUAGUCAAGUAUAAUAUGUUUGUUACGUAAACAACAAAUAUUCCAUUGACACUUCCUGAACAAGUGACCAUACGAAUAUUCACAAUUCACGUAUAAAAGUCAUAUAUAUGCACACCAUUUUAUAAUUUAGAUGAUUGUAUAGAUACAAUACUUUUAUUUCAUUAUUGUUUUUUUGUUAUGUUAAAUAUUUCCAAUAUAGCUAUUGUUUACGUACAUAUAUCAAUAAAUAAACAAAAUGGGACCGAUUAUUGCCGGGAAAAGUAUUUAUUGAAUGUUUUGCCAAACCUUUAUAUUAUCAAAGCAGAAAUUGAAAAUUUUCGUAAAUAUAAAGUUAUCUCCUUGUGAUGAAAAUAGAAAUGUCGCCUACGAAAGAUGAAGUAGGUAUAUAUAUAUAUAUAUAU